AAGGUUGAGACAAAGUUGUACGUCCGGAGUGCAUGGGUGCGUGCGGCCCUCGGGAGGAGGAAAAGCCUAAAGAUUAGGUUGUAAGAAAAACCGAAGCCAUGUUUCGAAGACCUGUGUUACAGGUAUUUCGUCAGUUUGUACGACAUGAGUCUGAAGUAGCCAGCAGUUUGGUUCUUGAACGAUCUCUGAAUCGUGUUCAGUUACUUGGACGAGUAGGUCAGGACCCUGUCAUGAGACAGGUGGAAGGAAAAAACCCAGUUACGAUAUUUUCUCUAGCAACAAAUGAGAUGUGGCGAUCAGGGGACAGUGAAGUAUACCAAAUGGGUGACGUCAGUCAAAAGACGACAUGGCACAGAAUAUCAGUGUUUCGACCAGGCCUCAGAGAUGUGGCGUAUCAGUAUGUGAAAAAAGGGGCUCGUAUAUUUGUGGAAGGGAAAGUGGACUAUGGCGAAUACAUGGAUAAAAACAAUGUGAGGCGGCAAGCAACAACAAUCAUAGCUGGAUUUGCAUUAUAUGCUGUGAAGACUAGAGGGAGUUAACAGCAAGACAAAUUAUAGCAGAGGAGCAGUGCUCUCUCAGGUGCCAUCCAGAACAUGGAAUAGUCUUCAGUGUGGAAGAUGGAAGAAGCUGAGCCUGUGAUGACGUAGAACUACCAGAGCAUACCUGGACAGGCCACCUCUGAAUUCUUUGGGAGAUACAAAUAAACCUCUUGUGUUUGUGUGCAGUUAAAUCUUCCUUACAAA